AUGGACAGUCCGGAAUCUGAUUCACCAGACAGAAUUGUAGAUAGCGAAGAAAAUGCACUAACAAAAUAUGAACAUGAAUUAGAAAAAAUCAUGAAUGAAAGUAUGCAAAAUGGAAAAGAUUUAUAUAAUCAAAAACUAUUUCUUUCAUUUCAAAAUGCUGCCAAAGCACUAACAAAAAUGUUUCGUGAACGAUCAAAUGGUACUGCAAAUUGGAAUUCAUUUCAAGUCGCAGCUGGAUCAGUCACAAUGUUAUAUAAAGAGAGUCUUGAUGCCUUCAAAGAUGCUAUUGAUCUCGGUACAGUUUAUGGCGAACAACGUAAAACAAAAGAAUUACUUUGUUGGGCAAGACGAAAACAACGUCGUCAUAUACGAACAGAUGAAGUUUAUGAUUAUUUAAUUGGACGGCCCCCGUAUCAGUUUGUACGACCAACUCCUAUUGGCAGUAUCUCAUCACAACGUCGAUGUGAUUCAUCAGUUGUAAGAGAAAGUCUUUUAACAGACAAUGUACAGCAACAACAACAACAACAACAACAUAUAGCACCACCAGCACCAAUCGAUACAAAUGAAUUACAAACAUUUAGAGAAGCACUUGUUAUGCAUGAUAUGGAUAGCGCUAACAGUGUGUCAUCUUCAGCUUAUGACAGUAAUAAUUAUUUAUAUUCAUCACCUACAGCACCAUCACUACCACAAACGCCAACAGGUACAUCUAUUAAUUCGAAUCAUUUUCGUCAUCAACAACAACAAACAAAUUCAUCACCUCAACAAACAUCAUUCAAUACAAACACUAAUGAACUCGAUAGUUUUUUUCGUCAGCAAGUUGCAAAUCAUUUGGCAAGAAAACGUGAUUAUCUUACAGCAUUGACAGAUGAUUUAACGGAUGGCAUACCGUAUAAAACAAAACGUGGACGACAUACAUAA